AUGACGGCAAAUGACGAGCGCUUCAUUGAAAUUGAGCGGGACAGUUCAACAGAGCGGGUCAUUGUCGACGAGGUGAUGCAGCGCGCACGUUGCAUAGCUGGCCGGGCGACGACUUGCUGGAAAGCCCAUCGCGAAGGGCAUCCAGAGGUGCCGCUUGUUAUUAAAGAUUCGUGGCAGUAUUCGGAACGCGAUGAAGAAGGCGAACUAUUACAAGAAGCGACUCGUAAAGGCGUUGUCAACGUGGCCCGGUACUAUUACCACGAGACAGUCACGGUUUACGGGACAGACGACGAGAUUCGGGGCAACAUUCGAGGAGGACUGGACGUCACAAGAGCUGCAAACUACAUGCGCGAGCGCACCAGUCCAUCAAACACCAACACAGCCGGCACGUCGCGGGAUGGCCGGUACAGUAGUCGAAAGCGGUCAUCUAGCAAGACUGGCGCUCCUCUCCCUCCUAGCAAGCGUCCUGCUGUCGGCGCACUACCAAAUCGGGUGCAUCGGCGUGUCAUUCUCCAAGACUAUGGAAAACCCAUAUACAAGGCGACCUUUCGAUCGGCCCUGCUUGCUGCCCUCGAAGGCUGUAUCGAGGGACAUGAGUCUCUACACAAGGCAGACUUCUUGCACAGAGACAUCUCAAUCAACAAUCUUAUGGUGAACGAGGAUGAUGACAACCCAUCCUGGCCCUCAUUUUUAAUUGAUCUAGACCUUGCCAUCAAAGAGCAGCGAGAAGGUGUUUCAGGAGCAAAGGGAAAGACCGGUACGAGAGCAUUCAUGGCCAUUGGUGCACUUCUAGGCGAGCAACAUUCUUUUAUGCAAACGAUCUAG